AUUAAUCCUGUUUAUUGAAAUUGUCAUAUCCACCACUAAGCGAAAAUCUGCACUCUAAUGCACAGACAAACUAUCUCGAGCACAGCAAAGACGCCACAACACCUCACCACCAACCACCCCUUUUGCAACAACCACCCUCUGUGUGGUGAUUUCGAACAUGUUGAACGUAGGCCUCGCUCUUACAUUUCACACUCUUCGCCACCCAUUCUACGGGCCAAGUGAGUGAGCCUGUGUUUAAGGACUCUCGCACGCUCUGUCCUAUUCGCUCUCUGUGGCUUGGUGUCUGAGUGUGUGUGAUAAGUGAAACAAGUGCGUAAAUUUGUAAUGUUUAUAACACUCUCCUCGUCGUCAUCGCCAUCGCCAUCGCCAUUGCCAUCAUCGUCGUGGUAGUCGCACUCGUCGGCAUAGAGUAUAAGUUCGAGGCGAGCAUUAUUGUAUUGCUGGAGCAAGCGAAGCGAACCAACAGUUGAAAACCACUUUGUUAUUCAUCAGUAGAAGGGAGUGGGGAAACAAAUAUCAAAUAAACAAAGGAACCCUUGGUCCCAAAGUCAAACAAUAUAAAUGUCGAUUUGAAGUCAAUAACAAAGCAAGCCAAUUAAAUUGAAAAUAAGCAAAAACAAAAAAGAAACGCAAAAAUGUUAACCUUAGUCAACUGAAACAACGAAAGCAAUACCUAAACCUGUGAAAUAAUUUACAAAAGCAUCCUUUUGCGAUUUAAGAAGAUAAACGGAAAUAAACUCUCAAUACUUCCCACUUUCUUUCUGUUCUCGUUUACACAAAGAAUCUAACCUUCUGCUGUCGCAAGCUACAUGCAUGCAGCAAAACUUUACAACAUUUCAAUGAAAUCAUCUGCCAAUGUUCUCCAACGCCACUCCAUGCCACCGCAGGGCAGAGAGUCUUAGGAACAGCAACAAAGUAUGACAGAAUCCUUUAAAGGAUACGAAGAAAGAAAACCUCAAACUGAACACCAAAAAGGUUGUAAUUCUAUUGAUACCCCCUCCGGUCAGGCGGCGCACAGCGCAUCUUGGUUCGCAUAUUCAUUGUGUGAACUGUGGAAAAGGAGACCAGCAGAGUAAGGCAGCAUCAAGGAGACAUUGAAGGAAAGAAAAGGAUAAAGCGAAACCGAACAAAAAGGGUCAACACCACAAAAAUGUCUGUGGAGUGCAUAGCGGCUACAAGUAAAAUAGUGUUAGCCAAGAAUUCUGCGGCAUCCGCAUACACGCCUCCACCUCCAGUUAGUGCCACCUUCGCAGCUUCCACAUCCACAUACCCCACGGCCUCCGCAGCUAGCCACCAGCAACAGCAACAGCAUCACCAGCAGCAACAUCAACGUCCACACCAACCACACGAGACAAACUUCAUUGUUAGCCAAAGUGGUCGACGUGGAGCACAAAAUGCAAAACGUCAACAACAGCAUCAACAACAGCCACCGGCCGCCCAGUAUCAACAAGAUUUACAGCCGGAGCAACAUCCGAAAAGCCAGCAAUUACAGCAAACCGCCACCAUAUACAUUGUCAACAAAUCCGCUGAUUUAUACCAUCCCCGUCGCCUAGGUGUCCAAAACGAGGGCGUUGUAGACACCAACAACAAAAGCAGCAACGGCAACAGCAACAGCAAAGGAAUCAACAACGGCCGCACAACAAAUGGUGGCCCUGUGGUUAAUGACGGCAUUAAUAAAAACUCCUCGCAUCAAUCUUUGGCCAACGAUUUACCACCACCACCGCCACUGGCUGCCUUUUCGCUGCCUUGCCCCAAAGCCAAUGACAGUGUUACGUUAGUCAGUGACGAGGAUGAAGUCGAGCUAUGUGAGCGUUUGGAAUGGUCGGCGGCGCAGUCAUUGGUAGAGAUGACUUCGAAGGACAAGCAUCGCCGCAAUAGCAACAGCAGCAUUAACAGCAAUAAUAGCAGCACUGGCAGUGGCAGCAACAACAACAACAACAACAGCCAUCAACAGUCAAUCACUAUCAACCGAAGAUAUUCAGCAUCAGCCGGUAGCAAUAACAGCUACAGCAGUCACUACAAAAUCGCCGAUGAUUCAAUUUACUUUGUUAAAAUACCCAUGGAAAUAAGUAUGGUUUUUAUUGACGCAUCCCCCGCCAAGACCAAUGGUAGCUACCCCUACCAUGCCUCCCAUCCCAUGCCAUGUCAUCCCAGCGCAUCUAUCCAUCCAUCCCCAGCUUAA